AUGGGAUGUAGUGGAUGCAGAGUCAGGUUCAACUUCGGCAAGGUGCUCUCCAAAGUCUCGGUGUUUUUUACCAUGGUCCUGAUCUUCACCUACUUCUUCUACUGCCUCACGGGACUCUGUGAUUCGGCCCCGAGAACUUUAUACAGACAACAAGCUUCCGACUAUGACACUCUGGACGAUCACCGCCGAGUUUUGGACGAGCUGCGACCCUCUCCGCGUCUCCUGCCGCCGGACGCGCCGUUUUACCGGAACCGCUCAGCCUCCGAGGACGCAGCGCAGGUGGACGCGCCGGCACAGCAGCUGCCUCUCCAAGUGCUGCCGGACGGCGCGACGGAGAGCAACGGCAUCAUCCCCGUGUCCAACACAUUCGGGACCAAGAGGUUUCCUCAGGCCAUUAUUAUCGGCGUGAAGAAAGGGGGGACCCGAGCCCUGCUGGAGUUCCUCCGCAUCCACCCGGACGUGAGGGCGGUCGGCGCAGAGCCUCACUUCUUCGACAGGUUUUAUGAUAAAGGACUGGAGUGGUACAGGAACCUGAUGCCUCGGACUCUGGAGGGCCAGAUCACCAUGGAGAAGACCCCCAGCUACUUUGUCACAAAGGAGGCUCCCAGCCGUGUCUGCACUAUGAACUGCCAAGCCAAGCUCAUUGUGGUGGUCAGGGAUCCUGUGACGCGGGCUGUAUCUGACUACACCCAGACACUGUCCAAGAACCCAGGCCUUCCAUCCUUCCAGAGUCUGGCUUUAAAAAAUUCCACCACAGGUCUGAUUGACACCACGUGGAGCGCAGUGCGCAUCGGCCUCUACGCCAAACAUCUAGAGAACUGGCUUCAGCACUUCCCCUUGUCUCAUUUUCUGUUUGUUAGCGGCGAGCGGCUGGUGUCUGAUCCGGCUGGAGAGAUGGGCCGAGUUCAGGACUUCCUGGGUCUAAAAAGGGUUGUUUCGGACAAACACUUCUACUUCAACCAGACCAAAGGUUUUCCAUGCUUAAAGAAGCCCGAGGGGAGCAGCAGACCUCGCUGCCUCGGAAAGUCUAAGGGCAGACCCCAUCCCCAAAUCCCCUCCGAGGUCCUGCAGAGGCUCAGAGACUUUUACAGGCCCUUCAACCACCGUUUCUACCAGAUGAGUGGACAAGACUUUGGCUGGGACUGA